CAAGACGUUUCGCCCCUUUACCAAAACUGUCAUUUUUGUUCAUAAAGUCUUACCUUUAUGUAUUUUAAAAACAUUACAUUAAAUUAAUAAGUAAAUAAAUUAAUGGCAAACGUAUAAUAGUGCCUCAUACUGUCAUACAGAGCUCUCGUUUGACAUGGGACACGUGAAAAUCCGGUAAAUUUAUGAACACAUUUGACACCUACAUUUGUUCAAAUCACACUCAAUAAAAAUGUCACCGUGUAUUCCACACAGCAUUGUUUAUAGCAUGUGCACUGAAUCGUGACAUCAGUGGAUGUAAUUUGACAGCGCUAAAAAUAGCUCUACACAACUGAUAAGAAUUACAUGCUUGAGAUGUCAAUUAUUUUACAAUAUGUCUUUGAUUUACUUGGAGUACCUGUACAUUUGUUAUUUCUUUUUUCGUUGAAUAGUCCCUAGUACAUUUUGAUGAAUUCAUCAAAGAAAGACUGUUGUGAUGUUGUGAAAAUUGGGAAAAAGACUAAUUUCAGAUGUACUCUUUGUGGAGCUCACCGUUCUACUAAAAACAGGGUUUUUUCACAUCUGGUGGAUUGUCAUUCCUUAAGUCCAGCUAAGCCAGUUUACAAACUAUACAAUAGAGAUCUGAGUGUGCCUGUUCCAAAAAGAACUACUUCCAGACGAGUACUUGUACCUGAUCAGGUUCCAAAAGCAGAAAUCACAGAUGAAAAUCUGGCCUUACUGUCUUCAGAAAAGGAAACAGAAGAAUCAUCUCAGAAUAAAGAAACAUUUCAGAUUGAAAAUUUUAUUAGUAAUAUUACAGAACAUGAAACUUUUUGUGAAAAUCAUAUCCUUAUCGAUUACAAUGAAAAUGGAAAUUUGUUGACUGAUGAAACAGAAUCAAUGCAGUCUUUAAUGGAAAUUGGUGAUGGUUCUGAAUCACAUGAGGGGUCUGAAUCUGAUGAUAACAGUGAUGUGCUGGAUAAUACAGAUUCUGUAAGUUCUGAUACAGAUUCUGUAAGUUCUGAUGCCAGUAGUGUAAACAAUGAACAGUGUGAGUCUGCUCAGUGCAUUAAUAAGAAAAAAGAUUAUUCAUUAGCGUUCCUUUCAUUUGCCAUGAAUUACAAUUUGGCUGGAAACUGCAUUGAUGACUUGAUACUUUUACAUAAGUCAACAAAUCCACAAUCAAAAUCGUGGCUUCAAAAUAAUUAUAAACAACUAUUAAAAAAAACUGUGCUUUCUGGACAUCAGGAUAAUUAUCGUCAACACCACUAUUGUAUGAAAUGCUUCAAACUUUUCCAGCUGACGAUCCAAAUGAAUAUAAAUGUAAAACACAUGGGUGUGACGGACUUCAAUAUAUGGGGCCGGAGAAUGUCCAGUUAGAUAAGACAAGAAAACAUUAUUUUUAAAUAAGUAUUAGGGCGGUAUUUUUAUAACAGAAGGUCAAUUCAUUUAGAAGUACUUGUUCAAGGUAAUAAAAAAAUAUCGAUUGACAAAUACAUCAGUGUGUUAGUUUUCUGUCAGGGACAAAAUAUGAUACAUGUCUUAUAUUUUUAAAGCAGCUUUAAGGGAGAAUAGAAGGAAAAAAUUAUGUAGUGUGAUUGUUAAACAAAUUCUCAGACUGUAAAGUAGUUGUGGACAAAAAAAUGAAACUGACUGAACUGCCAUGUAGACAAACAUGUUAUGACUCUGAUUUCAAUAAAUGAUCUGGCAAUGUUGUAGCUAUCAUGCCAGUUGUGGUCAAAACA